AUGGCCAAACCCGUGUGGAAAGGCAACCACCCCGUCCGUCAAAUCAACGCCGCACCACCUUUCUACAGAUACUGCGCGACCGGGCUAGGAGCUGCAAUGUGGUUCUUCCUGUUUUACAGAGCGAAGCAAGAUGGGCCUGCGUUACUCGGAUUGAAGCAUCCUUGGGACCACUAG